GAAGUGUAGGCAGAAGCCCUGGAGGAGCCAUGGGAAGUCAAGGAAAUGCCAACUGGAGCGCGGGUAGUGUCAUGGGAAGCCCUGGGAACCCCAUGGGGAGCCCUGGGAACCCCCAUGGGGAGCCCUGGGAACACAGGCCGAAGCCCUGGAGGAGCCAUGGGAAGCCCGGGACAUGCCUUGUGGAGCCCUGCAGGCGGCAUGGGAAGCCCUGGGGUUGGGCCAUCUGCUCUAGGGUCUCCAGGACUGGCACCAUUCCCCAACAUGGCAUCACUAGGGGCUGCUCUCAACAAUACCGGGCCGUUUUCAGGGCUGGGCUGGGGAGGGAUGGCGCCAGGAGCACACGCAGCUGUGGCACAAGCAGCCGUGGCAGCAGCGCCACCAGCAGCGCCACUCCCGUCAUCAGCUGCCUAUGCUUCUGAGGGUACUGCCAAGGGCCAAUGCAGCAAGGAUCAGCUCUACAGGGAUACCCGUUAGGCCCCAUGCAGCAGAUGCAGCAGCAGGUGUACCAGCAACAGUCAUCGUUCCACCAGCAGCAGUAGCAGGACAGCACUAGCAGGGAGCAUUAGCAGGGCAGCAGUAGCAGGACAACACUAGCAGGGGAGCAUUAGCAGGGCAGCAGUAGCAGCGUCAGUAGCAGCAUGCAGCAAGGUAACGCUGAUGCAGCCAGCCUGUGCCAGCACAACCGAGAUACCCGGUAGGCCCCAUGCGACACAUGCCACAGCACCCAUGCCCAUGUCAUCACCAUCAUCAUCAGCUGUAGCACUGCAGCAGUACCAGCUCGCUCACAGCAAAUUAAAUCCGUUGGGGCAAGGAUGAGCACAGCAGUGAAGCCUGUGAGGACCUGUCAGCUCUUCCUCAAAAGCAAUCACAGAUUGGUAGGCUUGCACAGGAGUGAAGCCUGUCAGGGCCUGUAAGAUCCAUGGAAUUGUCAACUCAUAUAUAUUUGUUGUUAUAGGUUAGAUGGGUGCAUGCUUUUAGAGGGUACA